AUGAGUUUCAAGAAUGUCAAAGUUCCCAAGGGUCCUGGUGGUGGUGUAAUAGCUGCGGUGGUUCUUGGUGGGCUCGGUAUCUACGGAGCCACGCACAGUCUCUACAAUGUCGAUGGAGGUCAUCGAGCCAUUGUGUUUAACCGGCUUGAAGGUAUCAAAGACAAGGUCUACCCUGAGGGUACUCACCUUAGGAUACCGUGGUUCGAAAGGCCAAUCAUCUAUGACGUUCGUGCACGACCUUAUCUAGUUGAUAGUACAUCCGGAAGCCGUGAUCUUCAAAUGGUUAAAAUUGGACUUCGAGUUCUCACCCGUCCCAUGGCUGACCAAUUACCAGAGAUUUACCGAACACUUGGCGAGAAUUACAGUGAGAGAGUUUUGCCUUCGAUCAUCCAGGAGACCUUGAAAGCUGUGGUUGCUCAGUACAAUGCAAGCCAGCUUAUUACUCAGAGAGAGGCGGUGAGUAGGGAAAUCAGGAAAAUCUUAACUCAACGAGCCGCAAGCUUCAACAUUGCGCUGGAUGAUGUUUCCAUCACGGGCUUGACCUUUGGAAGGGAGUACACGGCAGCCAUAGAAGCAAAGCAGGUGGCAGCUCAAGAGGCCGAGAGGGCUAAGUUCAUUGUGGAAAAGGCUGAACAGGACAAGAGAAGUGCUGUUAUCCGCGCUGAGGGAGAAGCUAAGAGUGCUCAGCUCAUAGGUCAAGCUAUCGCAAGCAACCAAGCUUUCUUAACGCUUAGGAAGAUCGAGGCUGCUAGAGAGAUCGCACAGACCAUCGCAAACUCGGCAAACAAGGUCUACUUGAGCUCUAACGAUCUGCUACUUAACCUACAAGCUAUGGACCUCGAUGUGAAGGAAAAGAAGUAG